UGCCAGUCUUGUUCCUCCCCAAGUGGCGCCAGGAGCAACUUGAACAGAAGCCGGGCCGUGAGCGCGAGGCAGUGGAGUGGGGGAUAUAUCGUGUGAUGGUGCUGUGGUAACUACUGAUCAUGGGCAACAAGCAGGGCCACGAGCUCUCGCCCGAAGAAAAGCAGAGGCUCAAGGAGGAGAAGAGGCUCCUGAAGGAGGACAAGGAACACAAGAAACGUUUGAGAAAGAUCGAGCAGAGGCGUCUCAAGGACGAAAAGAGAAAAGGCACCGGAGGUAGCAGUAGUGCGGCGGCGACACCUGCCACUGUUAAGAAAGACACUGAAGAUGCGCAGAGUGUAGGAGGAAGUUCGGUGUGGUCUGAAAAGAGCGUAGGAUCUGCUCCGGAAUCAUGGUAUCAUUCUGCUUCCGAACCAGGAUCAAAGAGGUCGUCUAUCUAUCUUCCAGCAUCAGCGGGACCUGGAUACUACCAACAUGACUGCUGGUACUCGGGGUACGAAGACAGUGGGUCAGAAAAAUCUAAGCCCAGCUCGAGAGCAGGUUCCAGGCCUGGAUCUAGACCGCCAUCAAGGGCACCGAGCGUCAAAGAUACCCUUAACCUGCGUUCCAGCUCCCUGGAACGGUACCCACUAGGCGUCCCCACGGGCGAGGCCAUUGAACCAAUGCACAAGGCUGGAUCCUUGGACCUGGCUAAUGUUGUUGCAACGAACUUCCUGGAAAACCGAGAACAGCUAGCUGGUGAGUUGGAGAUUGCUGCUGCCAUUGCCUCUCGGUAUGAUGAGACCAUACGGGCUUCCAAAGAACAACUGGAGAAGACGUCUGUCGACAAAGCGUCCCUGAUUGACAGAGCGUCUCUGACAGAUAAGAUCUCGCUGACCUCCUCCAUCUAUCAUUCAGCUGAAGAAGGGUCGACGAGGGGUGAAAAGCGGAAAGUACAUUUGGAAGACCGGGAGUCUUUGUCCUCUGUUUACUACUCGGCCGACGAGGCAAGCAUUGGUUCCAAGAGAAAAGUUUUUGACUAUGGAUCUGACCACACUUCCGCCACUGGCUCUAUCUACUAUUCUGCUGACGAAGGCGGUUCUGUGGCUGGGUCUGUUUACUACACCGCCACCUCUGGGUCGGAAGUUGAAGACCAUGUGACCGAUGCAGAAAUUCUUGGAAAAGACCGACCAAGCCCCCCGAGCAAGCCCGUGGCCGUGGACAGGGAAGGUAGCGCCCUGAGUCGCCUGGCAUACAUCAAGGUGGAGAACGAUGCCCUCCUCUUACACUGGGAAGCGCCCGAGUCAGAUGGUGGCACUCCCAUCUCAGGCUACAUCCUUGAGAGAUGCGAAGGCGAUGGCGACUUCUGGGUGAGGGUCAACCUGGUACCCAUCAAGGACACGGAAUAUGCCGUCGCCAACCUCAUCGGUGGAAGAGAGUACAGGUUUAGGGUGUCAGCUGAGAAUGCCGUCGGUGUAUCCGACCCUUCGGAACGCUCGGAGAUGGUCAGCAUAUCCACUGACCAAGAAGCCACUGAACCUCACUUCCUGAAGGAACUCAGGGACGUCACUGCUGUGGAAGGACAUCGGGUGGAAUUCAUCGUGGACAUCAUCGGCACGCCCCCGCCGGACGUGUCCUGGUACAAGGACGGCUUCGAGAUCUUCGACACGAAGCGCUUCGAGUUCGUCGCCGACGGCGAUCGGUACUCGCUGGUGCUGAAGGAAGCCAAGAUUUCGGACGCUGGCGACAUCAGGGUCAGGGCGACCAACCGCGUGGGCGUUGCCUCCUCCCAGGCCGUUUUGCAUAUUCAAGCUCCACCACGCAUCACUCUGCCUCCCCAGUACGAACAGGGUCUCAUCUUCGACACGGACGAGCUGAUCAGAUUGAGGGUCCCCUACACAGGUCGACCACCUCCACUCGCUACCUGGGCUCACAACGGCAAGGAGAUCGAGGUAGAUGACAGACAUACCAUGGACGUAUCGGAGAAAUACAUCACGCUGAAGAUCGCAGGAGCCAACAGGGCAGACAAGGGCAUGUACUCCCUGAAUCUGGCCAAUCCUCAGGGCAUUGACAACGUCUCCUUCUUCGUCACUGUUACUGACCGCCCAGAUCCUCCUAGCAUGCCCGUGGUAACUGACAUCACCGGGCAGUCUGUUACUCUGAGAUGGGAUCCUCCGCAGGACGAUGGUGGUUGCAGGAUCUCCAACUACAUUGUAGAGUACUUCAGGAUGGGCUGGGAUGUAUGGCUUAAGGGGGCUUCUUCACGCAUCACUUGGACCCAGCUGAGUGAACUCAUCGUGGGAUCUGAGUAUCGCUUCAGAGUCAAAGCUGAAAAUGCCUAUGGCGUUUCAGAUCCCGGUGAAGAGUGCGAGCCAGUCCUCAUCGACGAGACCAAGAGCCCGAGCGGGUCAUUUGAUUUCGAAACUUACAAGUCUACUACAGCUGUGGGAUCAUCUCUGCCGAGAGAUUCAGCUACGCUCAUUAAAGAAGAAGGCUCCUCCUUUGAAUACGGAAGCUCGGACAUCGGAUCUGAAGGUGCAACAGACUCAGUAGAGAAGGCAAAGCUCCAAGGAAUGGGGGCAUCAGAUGAAGUUGAAUCGUCGCUCGAUCUCGGUAGCUCCAGUGAAAAGGGUCAUUCCUUGGAUUAUGGAGGUUCUAUGGAGAGAGGAGCUUCUUAUGAACUAGGAGCAUCCAUGGAGAGAGGAGCUUCUUAUGAACUAGGAGCAUCCAUGGAGAGAGGAGCUUCUUAUGAACUGGGAGCAUCUAUGGAGCGAGGAGAUUCUUAUGAACUAGGAGCAUCCAUGGAGAGAGGAGCCUCUUAUGAACUAGGAGCAUCCAUGGAGAGAGGAGCCUCUUAUGAACUAGGAGCAUCCAUGGAGCGAGGAGAUUCCUAUGAACUAGGAGCAUCCAUGGAGAGAGGAGCUUCCUAUGACCUGGGAUCAUCAUUGGAGAGAGGAGCAUCAUAUGAGCUUGGAUCCUCCAUAGAAAGGGGAGCAUCCUAUGACCUCGAGUCUUCACUUGAGAGAGGUCCCUCCUUUGAAGCUGGGUCAUCAAUGGAACGAGGAUCGUCCUUCGAAUCCGAUGCUGCCAAAGGAAGAUACCAAUCCGGUCGUCUGAGUAGCUCAGCAGAGCAAGGGACAUCCGAGACUUCACUGGGAGUUCCAGGUUCACGAGAUGGUGUCCAGAAAAUGGGUUACUCCUACGAGGUGUCAGGUUCCAUGGAGCGCGGGGACUCUUAUGACCAGGAACGCCUACUGGGUACCGGAGAAUUCACAGAGCUCGGCGGGUCUGCGGGAGGAUCCAUCGAGCUUAGUGGUUCCCCUGGUGAGUCGAUGGACAUUGGUGGUUCUAUGGACAGUGAAGAACCACCCAUGCCACCGCCUCGUGUACCCAGGAGAGGAGGUCGGUCACCAGCCUUACCUCCUUCAGUAGGCUCAGAAGGUCAAGAGAUGUCCCCCACCCCACCACCAAGAACCAAACGUCCUGGCUCUAGGUCCUCCAGCGUGUCCAGUUUAGCCAGUUCCAACUUGAACUUGGGGUGGAGUCCAACGCCUGCCCGUCGUAAGAGACGCCAAAAGUCAACUGAAGUUCCAGAAGGCGGGGAUCAGUCCAUGGAAUACGAAGAGGAAGGCACCGAGGAGACACCCACCCUCCCCUACCGUCGUCGCCGCCCUGGCUCUCAGUCGUCGUUGGUGUCGUCAGAGGCGCCCUUGGGAGAGGAGACCACGUCCUCCGGCUGGGUUACCGAAACUACCGCCGCCACCUCCACCACCGCCGAAUUCGAAAGUGGCCAAGCAGCCCCAGAUAGCACACCCUCGCUUGCGACAACGGACACUUCGCUUACGGCACGGAUGGAGGCGGUGACGGUAGCCGCAGGAGGCGAGGCCGUUCUUGUGGUGUCUCUGGAAAACAUCCAAGUGGCCAAGAUCUCAUGGCAAAAAGGCGGCCGUGAGAUCGUGCCAGGCCCACACUAUACGACGACCGAGACACAGAAAGCGGCGCAGCUGAUCAUCCAUGGAGCCACAACCAACGACACUGGCACUUACACAGCUCUCGUCACGAAACCCGAUGGGUCCCAGGCUAGAGCGGCCGUGGCACUUCAAGUGGCAUCGCUCUCGGCGCCCACCAAGAUAGAGGCACCUACGUUUGUCAGGUCACUCAGCGAUUUAGCGGCCAAGGUCGGCACUCGAGUUAGGUUCUUAGUAGAGUUGCGACAGGCCCACGAUGUCAAAGUAUUUUGGUAUCACAACAAUGUGGAGGUUGUGGAAGACCCAAGAUUUCGAAUUCUUCACGAGGGCAACUUCUUUUGCGUCGAUAUUUCUCCACUGACGGUGGACGAUGAAGGCCCGUGGAGGUGUCUGGCAGAGAACUCCUACGGGCAGGCAUCCAGCAAUGCCUCCCUCAGGGUCAUCGUUCCGAAGGGCUACAAAAAGCCUGUCUUCCUCGAGGAACUGGAGGCCAUCCUGACGGCGGAGGGCACAGUCAGCCUCGAGUGUAAGGUAGUGGGCGUACCAACGCCCGUUCUCAGAUGGUUCAAGGAUGGCAACGAAAUCAAAGCUGGUGAUGUGUUCGCCCUCACUGCCAAUCCGGAAGACCCAACCUCUCUGGGCACGUACACGUGCGAGGCUGUGAACUGCAUGGGCCGCGCCUUGUCUUCCUCCAGAGUUAGGGUCGUUUCCAGGGAGUCAUCGUUGAGACCGCCUUCCAGGAAGAGUCGCAGGUCUCCAACUCCUAUAGGUCCUCCUCCUAAAUUAGUCGAAGAAUUAGUCGAUAAGCGAGUGAAAGUUGGCGAAAAAGGUCGAAUGCUUGUGAAAGUGGAGACCCCACCCGAAGUCCUUUCAGUGACGUGGUACAACAAUGGCAAAAAGAUAGAGGCCAGUGAAAAGUACAGACUAAGCGACGAGGGCGGAGGGAAGUUCAUGAUCGAGAUUACGCCGACGGAGCUCGGCGACGACGGGGAGUGGAAGGCGGUGGUUCGCACCGAGGGUGGUUAUUCGUCUUCCACCUGCAAACUCACUCUUACAGUCCCCAGAAAUUACCGAGGCCCUCGUUUCUUGGAUGACCUCCGAGCCGUCCUGACGGAGGAGGGUCUCGUGUCCUUCGAAUGCAAGGUGGUAGGAUAUCCAACGCCUGUUCUCCAGUGGUUCAAGGAUGGACAGGAGCUCAAACCAGGCGAUGUUUAUCAGUUGUCCGGAACAAACUCUCUAGGUAAAUAUUCCUGCAUUGCCAAAAACUGUAUGGGAGAGGCACAGUCAUCCGCGGAGCUCACAAUUGAAGACAUCAAGUCCCACUUGAACGAAGAAGAGAAGGAGCAACUCUUAGCCACGAACGUUCCUCCAAGAUUCAUUCAAGGUUUGAAGAGUCGAGAUAUCAAGAUUGGCGAUUCUGUUCGAUUAACUGUUCAAGUAACCAUGACGCCUACUCCCGAAAUCACGUGGUAUCACGAAGACGAAGUCGUUGUCGAGUCGAAGAACUAUCAUAUCUCGAAGGCUGACGGUGGCUUGUUCCACCUCGAUAUCAGUUCCCUCGACCUCAUGGAACAGGGCGAAUGGAAGUGCCUAGCAAGCAACGACUUCGGACACAGCGUCACGGCGGCGUCCAUUAAAUUAGUCAUUCCAAGACACUACAAGAAACCAGUCUUUCUGGAGCCCCUCAGGGCUGUGCUUUCUUACGAGGGAACCGUCAACCUGGAGUGCAAGGUCAUCGGUGUUCCUCAGCCUGUCCUGAAAUGGUUCAAGGACGGCACCGAGCUGAAGCCUGGUGACAUUCAUCGUAUCAUCAGCGGCGAAGACGGCACUUGUUGUCUUGGUACCUACACUUGCGAGGCCAUCAACGUCAUGGGCUCUGCUUCUUCUUCCGCUGCUCUUCUUGGCUUCGAAGAUAAACUUCUUCAGAAAGAAGGAGAUAAGAUUUCUCUGGCAGAUGCUCGUGGCAUUGCGAGGAAUCCAUCCCUCUCAACGAUCAACGAAGAACGCUCCUCCCAGAUCUCGGUGUACGAAUCGCGAUAUCCGAGGCUGAUGGUGAAAAGGCCGAUGUAUCUGUCAGCAUCGACGGCAGAGAAGUCUCCCUGUCUUUGUACGAGACUCCUGACAUUUCCGAAGCGGAAGCUAAGCAGAUUGCGGAGAUUUAUGCUGAAGAAAUCUCUGAUCAUUUGUCAGCCCAUGAGAGCAACCAAGCUGAGCUUCCUCCUCUUCGCUUCACAAGAGAGACAUCACGUAAGGGUCCUCUUAUCAUGGAAGCUAUGGUCAUUGAUGUUGAAGAUCAAGCAUUUGAUGAAUACAUUAGCAUGGCUGAUGUGGUGUAUGAUGAUGCCCGUACAGAAGCAGAUGUUGAAGAACUGUCUGCCAUGGAAGCAGUGGUGGUAGAAGAACGAGAGGCUCUUUGUUCUGAUAUUGCUGAUCUCCCAGAGAUGGAAGUUUGGGGUGAAGAACAUGUCUCUGCUCGUUCAGUAUCUAUGGACGCUAAAGGUGUUGCUCAUAUUAGUGAGAGACAAGUGUUGCAACAUGAUCU